GCACCCCACCCCCCUUCUCGCAAGCCCCACCCCAACCUCCUCUGCACUUUGUACCUUUCUCGCCGCGACUGCGAAGCGGACCGGGACGGGCCGGGCCAGACCACACCAGACCUAGGGGGCGAUGCGGCUGCAGCCCCUGCUGCAGACUGUCCUCUGGGCCGUGCUCCUCAGCUCCCCUCUGCGAGGGGGCUGUGGCCUCCGCCUUGCGGUCUACUGGAACUCCAGUAACCCCAGGCUGCUUCGAGGAGACGCUGUGGUGGAGCUGGGCUUCAAGGAUUACCUAGACAUCAUCUGCCCACACUAUGAGAGUCCAGGGCCCCCUGAGGGCCCCGAGACAUUCGCAUUAUACGUAGUGGACUGGGCGGGCUACAAGGCCUGCCGGGCUGAAGGGCCGGGUGCCUUCAAGCGCUGGGAGUGCUCCCACCCCUUCGCUCCCUUUGGCCCUAUUCGAUUUCCAGAGAAGAUUCAGCGCUUCACACCCUUCUCCCUUGGCAUGGAGUUCUUGCCUGGAGAGACCUACUACUACAUCUCAGUGCCAACUCCGGGGAGUCCUGGCCAAUGCUUGAGGCUCCAGGUGUCUAUCUGCUGCAAGGAGGACAAGCCUGAGUCAGCCCAUCCUGUUGGGAGCCGUGGAGAGAGUGGCACGUCAGGGUGGCAAGGAGGGGCCACUCCCAGUCCCCUCUGUCUCUUGCUGCUGCUGCUGUUUCCAAUUCUGCGACUCCUGAGAGUUCUCUGAGCCAAGCGGACCCUUCCUGCCACCCCCAGGAACCAGAGCCCUCCUAAGACUCCUUGGAGAGGGGCCCCUGCCCCCUACCUGAGCUGGACGUGCCAAGCCAGACAGACAAGAUGGAAGAGUUGGGGGGGAGGUCUGAGGCGACCCUUCCAGGUACUGGCCUCCUCAUCACAGGCUGAAGAGGAGCCACAGGGAGCGGCGGACAGCCCUGGGCACCUCAGAGCAGAGGCGAGGCAACCAUAAGGUCUCCAUCAGCGGCUUGAUGUUCAAAUCCCUGCCCCCAGGAAGGCUGGGACUUGAUGGGAUGGCAUCCUGGAGCCUGCUGGGGGCCAAGGCGAAGACCUGGGGACAGGCGGAUUGCUGGACCAGGUCAGGCAAGAAGCCCAGGCCUGCCAUCUGUCCCCAGUGCCCUGUGGGCCUCUUCCCUGGGGCAGCACCUCGCCUCCCCAGAGGAUCAUUCACUUGUCUUCUGUGAAGACGGACUUAGCAUGAGGUUGAAUUUCAUGCCAGUGUAUAUUUUUGUAAGUGUCGGGACUUCAGUAAACCAACUACCCAUCUUUU